UGUGAAAAGGGUGGUGUUUCCGGUGUGUACGUGCCUUCUUCGCAACGGUUCUUUAACUGACAGCCGGGGCCGGUAGCUAAGCGAGUUAGCCUAACCGCUAAGAGGAGUUCUCGAGGUUCCUGUAAAACUGGACAAAACCUGUGUUCCUUUGAGAGGCAGCUACUACGUUGGCGGUGAGAGAGCUCCACACCGCGACACCAGGUAACAGUCAAUCAUCCAGCGGGAGACGGGCACGGCUGUGUCGACCGAGGGCAGAAACCCGCAACCAUGUUCAGAAAAAACCUGAAGAAGGACCCCGAGCUGUUCCAGAACGUGUCGGAGGGGCUGCGGCGGCUCUACCGGACCAAACUGUUCCCCCUGGAGGACACGUACCGAUUCCACGACUUCCACUCCCCGGCGCUCGAAGAUGCCGACUUCGACAACAAACCCAUGGUCCUCCUGGUGGGCCAGUACUCCACCGGCAAGACCACCUUCAUCCGCCACCUCAUUGAACAGGACUUCCCCGGCAUGCGGAUUGGCCCCGAGCCGACCACGGACUCUUUCAUCGCCGUGAUGCACGGCGACCAGGACGGGGUGAUCCCCGGCAACGCUCUGGUGGUCGACCCCAAGAAGCCGUUCCGCAAACUCAACGCCUUCGGCAACGCGUUUCUGAACAGGUUCAUGUGUGCCCAGAUGCCAAACCCCGUCCUGGAGAGCAUCAGUAUCAUCGACACUCCUGGAAUUCUGUCUGGGGAGAAACAGAGGAUAAGCAGAGGUUACGACUUUGCCGCAGUGCUGGAGUGGUUUGCGGAGCGCGUGGACCGCAUCAUCCUCCUGUUCGACGCCCACAAGCUGGACAUCUCUGACGAGUUCUCCGAGGUCAUCCGAGCUCUGAAGAACCACGAGGACAAGAUGCGCGUAGUGCUGAACAAGGCGGACCAAAUCAGCACCCAGCAGCUGAUGAGGGUCUACGGAGCACUGAUGUGGUCUUUAGGAAAAAUCAUCAACACACCAGAGGUGGUGCGCGUGUACAUCGGGUCCUUCUGGGCUCAGCCCCUGUUGGUCCCAGACAACAGGAAGCUGUUUGAGGCAGAGGAGCAGGACCUGUUCUUGGACAUCCAGUCGCUGCCACGUAAUGCAGCUCUACGCAAACUCAAUGACCUCAUCAAACGAGCCCGACUCGCCAAGGUACAGGCCUAUAUUAUCAGCUCUCUGAAAAGAGACAUGCCGGCUGUGUUUGGGAAGGACUCCAAGAAGAAGGAACUGAUAGCCAACCUGGGGGAGAUCUACCAUAGGAUUGAAAAGGAGCACCAGAUCUCCCCUGGAGAUUUCCCCAAACUCGCCAAGAUGCAGGAGCAAUUGAACGGCCAGGACUUCACUAAGUUUGCUGUAUUGAAGCCCAAGCUGCUGGAGGCUGUGGAGGACAUGCUGGCCAACGACAUUGCCCGCCUCAUGGACUUGGUGCGCCAGGAGGAGGCUUCCAUGCCCAGCCAGGCCGUCAAGGGUGGCGCUUUCGAGGGAACCACCAAUGGACCCUUUGGUCAUGGCUACGGGGUGGGGGCCAGCGAAGGCAUCGAUGAGCUGGAGUGGGUGGUGGGUCGCGACAAGCCCACCUAUGACGAGAUCUUCUACACCCUCUCCCCCAUCAACGGCAAAGUGUCCGGCGCCGCAGCCAAGAAGGAGAUGCUGAAGUCCAAGCUGCCCAACACUGUGCUGGGGAAGAUCUGGAAGCUGGCAGACGUGGAUAAAGACGGCCUCCUCGAUGACGAGGAGUUCGCCCUGGCCAACCACCUGAUCAAAGUGAAGCUGGAGGGCCACGAGCUGCCGCCCACGCUCCCUGGACACCUCGUGCCCCCGUCCAAGCGCGGUCUAGCCACGGAGGACUAGCGGGGGGAGGAGAGCGGAAGGGGUGGGGGGGGCACGCCGUGAGCCUCCAGGCUAUUUGACGCACCGUGGGGAGGUAUCGCUGUGAUCGCUUUCACCGCAGAGAGACUGGAGGGGUUCAGUGGGGAGGGAGGACCAUCUUUGUGCAUUAGGGGAUAAUAUUUAGGUAUGUUAGAAAUCAUUUGGGGUUGGUUAGGAGGGGCGGGGGGGUCAUGAACUGAUAGCUAGAUGGAGGUCGCAUGAUGGGGCUGAACACAGAUUUGUGCAUCCUGUGUAAAAGAUAUCUAUUGAGCAUUCAGUCCAUAAUGUUAUAUGUUGAUCCAAAGAAAGUUUUUUUUUUUUUUUUCUUUUUUUUCCCAUUUGGAGAGUGAAAGAGGAAGUAAAUCAAAAUAGUUGUUAUAAUUGUUUUAUCUAUAUUUUUGUAUUUCCUGACUGUUCACUUGACUCUUUCCAAAUGCUUCCCUUUUAUUAUUUUGCCAGAUAAAUAAAAAGGAUUACUGUACCAUCUGA